AUGCAUGGAGAAAUAGAUGCUCCAAAGUGGACCAGAGGGUUUGACUGUGGAGGAACUGAGUCUGUUCUUUUGGCCUGUAGACGCUCAGGCUCAGACAGAAAGACCUGCUCACCUGGUAAAGCUGUUGGAUUCACCUGCUCAGAGUCUGUCAGACUGGUUAAUGGGUCCAGUCUGUGUUCAGGCAGACUGGAGGUGAAGUCUAACCAGUCCUGGUCCUCUGUGUGUGAAGACGACUUUGACCAGCAGGAUGCACAGGUGGCCUGCAGGCAGCUGGGCUGUGGGCCUCCUUCAGCCCUCCAGGGGGCGCUGUAUGGAGAAGUGGAUGUUCCAACAUGGACCAAGGAGUUCCACUGUGGAGGAACUGAGUCUGGUCUUUUGGCUUGUAGAAACUCAGGUUCAGGUAGAAAGACCUCCUCACCUGGUAAAGCUGUUGGAUUCACCUGCUCAGAACCUGUCAGGUUGGCGGGAGGAGCCAGUCGCUGUGCUGGUACACUGGAGAUGACUCUCCAGGAAGACUGGAGACCAGCGGAUUACUGGGACUAUAACUGGACCAUGACGACAGCAGGUGUGGUGUGUCAAGAUCUGGACUGUGGUUCUGCUGUUGAUACAAAAAGGAGGCGUGUUUCCUCACACAGACCUGUGUGGGGGAUCAGAUCUCAGUGUGUUCAGUCUGGAUCUGCACUGAGGGACUGUGUGACAUCUUCAGCUUCUUCUUUCGACGGCCUUCAGAUCAUCUGUUCAGGCUGCAGUAAACAGUAA